CCAUUAAUGAAAUAACUGAUUUUAAUGAAUUGUUUUCAACUUGGCGACCGUUUUGUGAACUUCUGUAUAAAUAGAUACUAUAAUUGAGUUAUUCUUACUUAUUUCAAACAACUAGAAAGUCGUUCUUAAAGACAGGAUGCCAUCGGACCCCUCAGAAGAAAUGACCGCUCCUCAGGUCCCUAAAACCGAGCUGGAGGAGCUACAAAUAAAUGCGCAAGGAGUAGCUGAUGAGUCCCUGGAAAGUACGCGACGUAUGCUUGCUCUCUGCGAGGAGAGCGCGGAAGUUGGAAUGCGAAGCAUUGUUAUGUUGGAUGAGCAAGGAGAACAAUUGGACCGCAUUGAAGAAGGAAUGGAUCAAAUUAAUGCUGAUAUGAGAGAAGCCGAAAAGAAUUUAAGCGGAAUGGAAAAAUGUUGCGGCAUUUGCGUUCUACCAUGCAAUAAAAGCCAAUCAUUCAAAGAAGAUGAUGGGACCUGGAAAGGUAAUGAUGAUGGAAAAGUUGUAAAUAAUCAACCGCAAAGAGUCAUGGAUGAUAGAAAUGGAAUGAUGGCGCAAGCAGGAUAUAUUGGCAGAAUAACAAAUGAUGCUAGAGAGGAUGAAAUGGAGGAAAAUAUGGGUCAAGUAAACACAAUGAUUGGCAAUCUCCGUAACAUGGCAUUGGAUAUGGGCUCUGAAUUGGAAAACCAAAACCGUCAAAUUGACAGAAUUAAUCGAAAGGGGGAACCCAAUGAAGCGAGAAUAGCUGUUGCUAAUCAAAGGGCCCAUCAACUACUAAAAUAAUGAGAUUAAAAGACGACGAAAAUAUUCAUCAACAUUUGGGAAAAAAACAUUCUGAUUUGAGCGUGUGCUGCGAAACAAAAUAUUUUUUCAUGUUUUCAACUCUCUUUGUGCUCUUAUAGUUAAAACAGUUUUCUCAUGCUGUGCAAAUAUAAGAUAACAAACUUUUGCUAAAAGAAUAACACUUUUCUUUGAACACUUUUAUAUAUUUUUUUUAUUUGGGUUUUACCAAAUUUUAAAAGUUUUUCUUAUGCUUUGCUCUUCAAUUUUGGUCAAGCGAGCUGCCCUUGGUGAGUAGCUAAAUAUAAUUGGAGCGAUGAACACCUAUCACUUUAUUAUAAGUGAAUUCCAUUGAAUUAAACAGGUCAAGGCAUAAAAUUCAGACCUUUAUUUUCAAAAAAGUGUUUAGAAAAAUUAUCUGUUACUUGAUUUUGGAAAAGCUUAUUACUACAUUUGUUUCCAUUGUUUUUAUGUUAGAAAUAUUAGCUAUCCCUGUCUUAGUCUACAAAUUUUUACCCAAUUAAUAAUAAGUGUUAAAAAAUAUCUUGUUUCGAAUGUUCUGAAUAUGUGAAACUGUGGUAAAAUUACUUUGAGUAGCUUAUUAAUGAUAUGAAAUUUGAAUUUAAAAUUAAUUCUUUAUAAUCAAUAAAAGUAUUUGGCUACAAACUUAUUGCUAAAUAUUAAAUUAACAAGAUAUUUAAAAUUAAUAAAAACUGUAAUGCUAAUACGCUACAUAAUUGUAUGAACAUAAUUCAUGUAGUAUAAACUUGUAUUAUUGAUAAAAAGCACAAAACUGUAUAAUAUAUUAAAACUAUAAUUAUAACUUCAAAGUAAAAAAGAUAUAUAAUAACAUGAGGUUUUAUUAACAUUUUUUGCUCACUUUAAAAUGUUAUUAAUGCCUUUUAAUUAGUCUUACGACAAAUUUUAAGUUGAAAUAGUAAUGUGAACUGAAAUAAAUAAUCGGCUUAUAAAAUAUCUA